AUGAAAAUCCAAUUGAUUAUGGCUGACUGGACGCUUUUGCCCCUGACUCAUGUCUCUUAUCCUCUCCUCCCCCCUGUACACUACCGUGACUCCCGUUUCAUUCUCCAUCUUCCCUUCACGGGGAGGGUCAGAGCCGCCACCGGUGCUCCCAGGGGUCGCCGCCCCCAGGAUUCGCCGCCGUCUCUAGGAGGCCGCCGCCCAAGGAAUCGCUGCGGCUGCCCCCAGCAGCUGCCGCCUCCAGGAGCCGCGGGCCGCCACCCCAAGGAGCCGCUGCGGCCCCCAGCAGCAGCCGACCCCAGGAGCCGACGCUGCCCCCAGCAGCUGCACUCCCCCCAGGCCCCUACACGCGAGAUCCAGAGGCUCCUGGGGAGAGCGCGUCCAGGACAGAGCGCAGAGGCAACAGCAGCAUCCCCUUCGUCUAGAUCUGAGAUUACCAUAUUCUGCUACCUAUUUUACACUAUGAAUCAGUGGCCCGACAAAAACCAUGCUUGUCUUUUUCUUUUUGGUACUAUCCACAACUUGCUUACACUGGUUCUGUCCUUUUCGCUUGGCAUUAUCAGAAGCUUCGAUGUUAGGAUAACAGAGCUAGCAAGAACACCAGAAGAAGAAACGUUCGAUUAA